AUGCAACUCAAACCAUGGCUCCAAGUCAACUCUCCCCGACACAUUAUCGAGGAGGGACAUGAAGAAGGAUUUGAAGACGGCCAGGAAGCGUCGCCCUACACGAAAUCCGUGCUCUUCGCCAACUCUCUCACUCAUCCAACCUCGCCACAGACUCUUCUCGUGUCCACAGCAAAACUCUUUCCUGUAGUGGAAGCUCUUUUCACUCAGAAAUCGAAACCCAUCAAUCUCGGCGAGAUUGUCGGCGAGAUUCAGCUCAAAAAGAAUGCCCAGAGCGCAGAAAACAGACGCAAGUUUACCACCGACUUUUUGGAGGAGGAAGACGAGGAGGACGAGCUGGAGGAUGUCACUAAAGAGCUGAUCACCUCCCACAAGGUAAUCCUAUCGCCAGUUCAGUAUGGAGAUGUGGUUCUAGUGGAAAUCAAGCAGGAUGAGCUUCUUCUGGCACAUGGGUUUGCUCAACAGUUGGUUGAUCUAAUCAAACCCUGCCAAGCGCUCAUUCUUGCACCUGGUAACACCAUUGCUGACGUUCAUGUGCACCAGCUGGAUGUGGGUAAGUCGAAUCUCGUCCCCCUGGCUUCCACACCUCUGCUGCAGUCUCCAAACUUCAUAUCUGGACUAGGAGCCGCCGUUCUCACCCGAUGUCAGCAGUCACAGGUGCCUGCCACAGCACUAGUGGUCCAGAAUGUGGGCACUCAGUCGUUCGAGCGAUACCAGAGUGACACGUUCGAGGACCUGACUGGAAUUCUCGCCGGAGUUUUCGGGCUCGACGCAGCAAAGGCGUUGAAGGAGUUGAGAGCAGAUGAUGGCGUUGCUGGACUGUACCUGUAG